ACAGUCAACCCAGAAGAAGCAUAUAAUAAACACACAGACCGACAGAAGAAAGCCCUUCCGCCAUCUUCAACAUCUCUCUCUCUCUCUCUCUCUCUCUCUCUCUCUUUCUCAAGCACGUUUAUUCAAAAAAUGGCUCGCUCGGCUCUUGAUGAAAUGUCAGCAACUGGAGCUUUUAUAAGGACUGCUUCGACUUUUCGUAAUUCGAUUUCAAGAGAUCCCAAUUCUCCAUUCCCAGCUGAAUCUGGCAGAUAUCAUCUGUAUGUAUCGUAUGCUUGUCCUUGGGCAUCCAGGUGUCUUGCUUACCUCAAGAUCAAAGGGCUUAGCAAAGCAAUCACUUUCACCUCGGUCAAACCAAUAUGGGGAAGGACAAAGGAUACAGACGACCACAUGGGAUGGGUUUUUCCGGUUUCCGAUACAGAGGAGCGGGGUGCUGAGCCUGAUUAUUUAAAUGGAGUGAAAAAUAUUCGAGAAUUGUACGAUCUUGCUAGUGCUAAUUACUCUGGAAAAUAUACAGUUCCGGUUCUUUGGGAUAAAAAAAUGAAAACAAUUGUGAACAAUGAGAGCGAAGAGAUAAUCCGCAUGUUCAACACGGAAUUCAAUGAUAUUGCUGAACAUGCUGAGGUGGACCUUUAUCCUCUUCAUUUGCAAUCCCAAAUCAAUGAAGUGAAUGAUUGGGUAUACGAUGGGAUCAACAACGGCGUUUAUAAAUGCGGAUUUGCUAAGAAACAAGCACCUUACGAUGAGGCUGUGACAAAAUUGUAUGAAGCUUUAGACAAAUGUGAGGGGAUACUGAGCAAGCAGCGAUAUUUGUGCGGAGAGACGCUAACCGAAGCGGAUAUACGCUUGUUUGUGACGCUCAUUAGAUUUGAUGAGGUGUAUGCAGUUCACUUCAAAUGUAACAAGAAGUUACUACGUGAGUAUCCGAAUAUCUUCAAUUACACGAAAGAGAUAUUCCAAAUACCUGGAGUUGGUAGCACAGUGAACAUGGAGCAUAUUAAGAAGCAUUACUACGGAAGUCAUCCUUCGAUUAAUCCUUUCGGAAUCAUUCCUCAUGGUCCGAACCUCGAUUACUCUUCUCCGCAUGACAGAAAUAGGUUCUCUAAGUAGAGAGAUAUUGUGUGUAUUAUUACGUAAUUAUAAUUGUGUGUUUUUGCUUGGAAAAACGAGAUUAUCGGAUGUUUGUAUUCAAUAAAUUCACAAGUUUUUAAGC